GCGGCCCUGACCUUCCCGGGAUCGCUGGGCGCGGCCGGGCCGUCCCCUUUCCGGGCGCCGCCAUAAAGGGGCCUUGUGGGGGCCCGGGCCGUGGCCGCAGCGCUCAGCUCCUGCGCCCCGACCCCGCCAUGGCCCCCCGGCCCCUCCUGCUGCUGCUGCUGCUCCUCGGGGGCUCCGCCGCGCGCCCCGCGCCCCCCAGGGCCCGGCGACACUCAGACGGGACGUUCACCAGCGAGCUCAGCCGCCUGCGGGAGGGCGCGCGGCUCCAGCGGCUGCUACAGGGCCUGGUGGGGAAGCGCAGCGAGCAGGACGCAGAGAACAGCACAGCCUGGACCAGGCUCGGCGCAGGUCUGCUCUGCCCGUCAGGGUCCAACAUGCCCAUCCUGCAGGCCUGGAUGCCCCUGGACGUGACCUGGUCUCCCUGGCUGCCCCCUGGGCCCAGGCCUGGGGUUAUGGUUUCAGAACCAGCUGGCGCUGCUGCAGAAGGAACCUUGCGGCCCAGAUGAGGAAGGAACCCCCUCACCACCUGCCCGGCCCAGGAGCGCAGCUGCAUUUGGGGUGGGGGGCAGGAUGGGGGAGAGGGGGAGGGGUGGUACUUGGCACCAAUAAAGGAGGAAUCAGACCCAGACGCUGGGAGUUGUCUGUGUCCACUUGGUGUAAUCGAGGCAACCCCUGUGUAGCGGGGCUGAGGGAUGGAUGGAGGCCCAUCCAUCCAGCAGGGACUGAC